AUGUCGCACCACACCGAGGUACCUUCACCAAACGCUGAUAAUUUACACAACUUGAAAAACAUAAGCCUUAUUCCUCGAGAAUGGUACGACGUUAUCCUGCCUCCCGCUUUUGACCAGUCAUGGGCGCUUCAAAAGUCACACCCCAGCUACAACCUCCACGGCUCCUCCACGGCUCCUAUAACUAGCAGAUCCUUGGGCAACCUCCUAGAUAAGCCCAAGGAUGAGCCUUUCUUUAUCUCUUCUCCCAGCGUCCACCAGACCCCUGGCUCCUCUCCCAGCGUCCACCAGACCCCUGGCUCCUCUCCCAGCGUCCACCAGACCCCUGGCUCCUCUCCCAGCGUCCACCAGACCCCUGGCUCCUCUCCCAGCGUCCACCAGACCCCUGGCUCCUCUCCCAGCGUCCACCAGACCCCUGGCUCCUCUCCCAGCGUCCACCAGACCCCUGGCUCCUCUCCCAGCGUCCACCAGACCCCUGGCUCCUCUCCCAGCGUCCACCAGACCCCUGGCUCCUCUCCCAGCGUCCACCAGACCCCUGGCUCCUCUCCCAGCGUCCACCAGACCCCUGGCUCCUCUCCCAGCGUCCACCAGACCCCUGGCUCCUCUCCCAGCGUCCACCAGACCCCUGGCUCCUCUCCCUGCGUCCACCAGACCCCUGGCUCCUCUCCAGGCGUCCACCAGACCCCUGGCUCCUCUACCAGCGUCCACCAGACCCCUGACUCCUCUACCAACGUCCACCAGACCCCUGGCUCCUCUCCCAGCGUCCACCAGACCCCUGAUUCCUCUCCCAGCGUCCACCAGACCCCUGGCUCCUCUUCCAGCGUCCAUCAGACCCCUGGCUCCUCUACCAGCGUCCAUCAGACCCCUGGCUCCUCUCCCAGCGUCCAUCAGCGUCCACCACACCCUGGCUCCUCUCCCAGCGUCCACCAGACCCCUGGCUCCUCUCCCAGCGUCCACCAGACCCCUGGCUCCUCUCCCAGCGUCCACCAGACCCCUGGCUCCUCUCCCAGCGUCCACCAGACCCCUGGCUCCUCUCCCAGCGUCCACCAGACCCCUGGCUCCUCUCCCUGCGUCCACCAGACCCCUGGCUCCUCUCCAGGCGUCCACCAGACCCCUGGCUCCUCUACCAGCGUCCACCAGACCCCUGACUCCUCUACCAACGUCCACCAGACCCCUGGCUCCUCUCCCAGCGUCCACCAGACCCCUGACUCCUCUCCCAGCGUCCACCAGACCCCUGGCUCCUCUACCAGCGUCCACCAGACCCCUGGCUCCUCUCCCAGCGUCCACCAGACCCCUGACUCCUCUCCCAGCGUCCACCAGACCCCUGGCUCCUCUACCAGCGUCCACCAGACCCCUGACUCCUCUACCAACGUCCACCACACCCCUGGCUCCUCUACCAGCGUCCACCAGACCCCUGGCUCCUCUACCAGCGUCCACCAGACCCCUGACUCCUCUACCAACGUCCACCACACCCCUGGCUCCUCUACCAGCGUCCACCAGACCCCUGGCUCCUCUACCAGCGUCCACCAGACCCCUGGCUCCUCUACCAGCGUCCACCAGACCCCUGACUCCACUACCAACGUCCACCAGACCCCUGACUCCACUACCAACGUCCACCAGACCCUUGCCUCCUCUCCCAGCGUCCAACAGACCCCACAACCUUCACCGACUCUUGAAGACAGGAAAGAAGAGACCUCACAGCCCCACACUGUUCUGAGAAAGCUGGGACUCCCACAAUAUAUUUAUCUUCCUUGUAACCCAAGCCGGAGGGAGCAGCAUCUCCAGCCUCCUUCAGCAACAUAUGGUGCCGCAAAACAGUGCACCAGCGUGGCCGUGCACCACCAUUCAGCGGUAUCUUGCAACACCAUACUGAAAAACCUUUGA